GAUCGUUGGUGACAGAACCAAGCUUUUUAUCCCCGCUACGCAGAAUAGAAGAAGCUUCGAAAAGAGGACGGAGGGAUUGUAGCGAUAAACAAAGCGCCGUUAGGGUUUGCACCGAAAAUCAGACUUAGCUUCCUCCGAUUAGUUCUCGUGGUUGUUUUCUUGGCAGGAUGAGGGGCAGAGGAUACAGCUACAGUCCUUCUCCACCAAGGGGCUAUCGUGGAAGAGGUAGAAGCCCGAGUCCCAGAGGACGGUAUGGUGGACGUAAUAGAGACCUUCCUACAAGUCUUCUUGUGAGAAAUCUUCGCCAUGAUUGCAGGCCUGAGGAUCUUCGUAAGCCUUUUGGGCAGUUUGGUCCUCUUAAGGACAUUUAUCUUCCUCGUGAUUACUACUCGGGAGAACCCCGUGGGUUUGGCUUUGUUCAAUAUGUUGACCCUGCUGAUGCUGCAGAAGCCAAGUAUCAAAUGGAUGGUCAGAUUCUUCUUGGUCGUGAGUUAACAGUUGUUUAUGCAGAGGAGAAUAGGAAGAAACCGGUUGACAUGAGGGCAAGAGAGAGAGUCAGCAGAUCCUAUGGCCAUCGGAGAUCACCGCGCCGCUUUACUCGCUCCCCGCACUAUUCUCGUUCAAGGUCACCAGCACCAGCACGCCAUUCUUCAAGAUAUUCUCGUUCCCCUCGUCAUGCAAAAUCCCGCUCCCGCAGCCCCGUUCACCAUUCACCUUCUCCAUCUCCCAAGCGUGGACGACACUCCAGAUCUGUUUCCCCCGAAGACCGGCAAACUCGUAGGGAAAGAUCUUACUCUCGAUCUCCUUAUGCUGCCGGGUCGAGGAGUAGGAGCCCAAUUAUAGGAGACAUGACCUACUGGAAAUUGUUCUGUAGCAUUGUAGCUCGAAAGCUUGCAGCUUUUUACAGAGAGUCGCAUGAGAGCUGA